CCCCCACCACCUCUCUCUAUCUCUAUCUCUCCCUCUCUCCAAAAUGGCCCUUCUACAAACAUCCCUUAUAUGGGCAAUAUAUGCGAUUGUGGUAGCCGUGCUGGUAAUGGUAGCCUCGGUCUUCAUCUAUACCUAUCAGACACCUCGAGAUCGCUCGUCGGCUGUUACCUUCACGUGUAUAAUUGCAAUCACAAGUCUGCUUGCCACCGUUCUUUUGCUGCCCGUGGAUGUUGCUCUCAUCUCUUCUACAACAUCGCCCAUGCUUGGCCAGAGGAAAGCAUGGGCCACUCAGGAGGAAGUAGAUAAGAUUGUUUCUUUAUUGACGGUUGUAUACUACCUCCUAUACUCCCUGGACGCUUUCCUAUGCCUUCUCGCAAUUCCAUUUGUGUACUUUUGGUACGAAGAAUACGAUGAGGUGGCCGUGGAAACGGGCGGGCAACCUGCAGCGAAACGACUCUGGACUGCGUUCAAGUAUACCCUCUCGUUUUUUGGAAUAGUGGUAGUGCUACUCAUUGUUGGCUUUCUUGUGCCUGUUUCAACUGCUAAGGACAGCAAGGAUUCGGACUUUCUCAGGAAGCCGUUAUCUGAGAAUCGUGGCGAUAGGGUUCUUGCAUUUACCCUUGGAAUACUGAUCACAUUGGGCCUGUUUCUCUAUGUUCUAUAUACCUCUACUGGUCUUGCUCUUCUGCCCAUGAGGAUGAUACGGGUAGCUCCGUCCGUUUCGAAUAUGACUUGGAAAGCGACGACGGCUGCACAGCUCGAAGCCAACCGAGAGCGUCAGCGCCAGUUGGAAGGUCGCUGUCGAGGGGAUCCUGCCCUCCUCUCUUCUAAAGAACGUAGAGAGCUAGAUACCCUCGUUCGGGACGAAAGGACACUUAUCAGGCGGCAGCGUUUGGCAGAGGAAGCUGGCGAUGAAGUUCGAAGCCGCUUGAUGAGGACGUGGCUGAUGGUCACAGCUUUCUUUCGUCCAUUCAAGCUCUUGGGCGGCAUCGCCCUUUUAUUGAUUGCGCUCAUGAUAUGGAUAUCGAUGCUCCUGACGGCAAUCGACAAAGCCAGAAAUUCAUUCUGCAAGCAACGCUGCGGAUAUGUACUCGGUCAUAUAAAUGUCUUUAAUCCUCUCGACUGGGCCUUUGUUCAGUCCGCUAAAGUAUUCCCGGUUGACUACCUCAUUUUCACUAUGCUAGUCUUACUGCUGUUUGGCAGUUCAGUUAUUGGAAUAUCUACCAUCGGAAUUCGCUUCCUCUGGGUUAGAAUAUUUCGGGUCAGACAGGGACACACAUCGCCACAAGCCCUUUUAUUGACAACUGCCAUGUUGAUGUUAACUAUACUAGCAUUGGAUUAUUCGAUACCCAUGCUUGUGGCACCUCAAUACGCAACUUUUGGGCCACAGACAUUUUGCGAUCGCUCCCCUAGUUCGUUCGGAAAGCAGCCAGAGUGCUUGAACAGCAGGCAUCUCGUCAAGCCCUGCUCGGACUCGGCAGACAAUGUGGCUGCGAAGCAAGUCUGCACACCCAGCGUCACCAGCACGUUUCUCAACCGUGUGACAAUUAGCUAUCCCUUCUUCGGUACCGUAUUUUUCUGGUCCCAAUUUGUCUUCCUUGGCAUCUACCUACUUGUCUUUAUCACCUCUCUCAGCCGCCACCCGAAACUUGAUGAACGCCUACUUGACCAGGAGGCCGAGGAGGCCGAGGAGGAAGGUCUCCUGACCAAUGCUGGGCGACGCGUUGAUGUCAUCUGACUCGGCAUCAGUGGCUACCUAGAGCACAAGGGAGGGUAGGAAAGAGGUUAUUUGGACUUCCUAGUGCCAUACCAAUUGCAACUGGUUGUCCAACUCGUGGCAGCCAAAGUCUAUGUCUAGAACAUAUUCAUUGCGUUAAUUGCUAUGCCAAUUAUGGGAUCUCUUAUGUAUUUGUUAUUCAUCCACUUUGCAGACUUAGUACGAUGAAAGGGUGGCACUCGAUCCUUAAACAAUCCCGCCUAGCUACACAAGAUCAGGAUUUUAUGCGGUCGUUUAAAAGCGCGAGGGCACUUUCGAAUGCCUUGACCACAUCCACGU